GCCCGGCUCCCGUAAAGUUAUUGUGAAUGGGGAGCGGGUGACGUCAGCGCCGAAUGUCAACAAUGUAGCGAUUGAGAGUGUGGGCGUUCCGGGGAGAGCGCGAGCUGCGCUGCGCGGAGCAAACAGCGCCGAGCCGCCGCCGCCUCACCACCAGCAGCCGUAGCAGCAGCGAUCGUGCACGCCCGGGCUGCGAUCGCAGCAGCGCUAACGUGAGCGCCCGCCGCCGCCCUCGCCAUCCGCCUGCCCACUCCCGCUGCCGCCGGGCUCUCGCUUUCUCCCCGGCCUCCCCUCGAUCAUUCCCCUCCCCCUUCCCGGCACACUCGGGGGACUGGGAACGAGCUGCCAUGUGAUGCGUGUCCUCUCCUCGAGCUUUCGGUGACCCCCGAACCGACCACCGCGCCGGCCGCCGGGAGGGGGCUGCGGUCUGGGAAGACGCAGGGAAGAGGAGGCGGAAAAGAACGCAAAGUUCUCUGGUGAGUGCAGCUGUCUGCUUCAGGACGUGAGCUCUACGGGAACAAGGAGAAUCUUCACCAACAGCCUCGCCUUGUGACAUGUCUGAUCCCUCGCUUCCAUCCCUGCAGCAUGAACAAGGUGGACACCCACUAACCUGUCCCAAGGGUGCCCCGCAAAGCUUUGGGGUCCAUGUCUGAAUGGAUUGCUGUAGCCUUCUCAUCUCUCCCUUCACCCAGUUCCCUGUAUCCUAAGACUCGAAGCCAGCACAGGACCUGGAAAAAUUACAUGGUGUGAACGGCAUGUCUGUGGAUGAGAAGCCUGACUCCCCCAUGUAUGUGUAUGAGUCCACAGUCCACUGCACCAACAUCCUCCUGGGCCUCAAUGACCAGCGGAAAAAGGAUAUUCUCUGUGACGUGACUCUGAUCGUGGAGAGGAAGGAGUUCCGGGCCCACCGGGCUGUGCUGGCUGCAUGCAGUGAAUACUUCUGGCAGAUGCUUGUCGGACAGACGAAAAAUGACUUGGUGGUCAGCUUGCCUGAGGAGGUCACGGCCAGGGGCUUUGGGCCACUGUUACAGUUUGCCUACACCGCCAAGCUGUUACUCAGCAGAGAAAACAUCCGUGAGGUCAUCCGCUGUGCCGAGUUCCUGCGCAUGCACAACCUGGAGGAUUCCUGCUUCAGUUUCCUGCAGACCCAACUCCUGAACAGGGAGGAUGGCCUGUUUGUGUGCCGGAAGGACACGGCCUGCCCGCGCCCACACGAGGACCAUGAGAACUCCGCAGGAGAGGAGGAAGAGGAAGAGGAGGAGACGAUGGACUCAGAGACGGCUAAGAUGGCUUGCCCCAGGGACAAGAUGCUUCCAGACCCCAAAAGCUUUGAGGCUACCACCAUCCCAGUGGCAGAGAAGGAAGAAGCUUUGCUGCCCGAGUCGGAUGGGCCAACAGACACCAAGGAGAGCUCUGAAAAGGACGCAUUAAUGCAGUACCCCCGAUACAAAAAAUACCAGCUUGCAUGUACCAAGAAUGUCUAUAACGCAUCAUCACAUAGUACCUCAGGUUUUGCAAGCACAUUCAGUGAAGAUAACUCUGGCAACAGCCUCAAGCCAGGGCUAGCCGUGGGGCAGAUAAAAAGUGAGCCACCCAGUGAAGAAAACGAGGAAGAGAGCAUCACACUCUGCCUGUCCGGAGAUGAGCCUGACAUCAAGGACAGAGCAGGGGAUGUCGAAAUGGAGAGGAAAGAGCCCAGCCCUGCCCCCGCCCCUGCCCUCCCCGCUGGGGCCACCUGCCUGGAGAGAUCCAGGAGCGUGUCCUCUCCCUCCUGCUUAAGGUCUCUGUUCAGCAUAACAAAAAGUGUGGAGCUGUCUGGCUUGCCCAGUACAUCUCAACAGCACUUUGCCAGGAGUUCCGCAUGCCCUUUCGACAAGGGCAUCACUCAGGGUGACCUUAAAACUGACUAUGCCCCUUUCACGGGGAAUUAUGGACAGGCCCACAUGGGCCAGAAGGACACGUCCAACUUCACGAUGGGGUCGCCCCUCAAGGGGCCUGGGGUGGAGGCUCUCUGUAAGCAGGAAGGAGAGCUGGACCGGAGAAGUGUGAUCUUCUCCUCGAGCGCUUGUGACCAAGUGAGCAGUUCUGUGCAUUCAUAUUCUGGGGUAAGCAGUUUGGACAAAGACCUCUCUGAGCCGGUGCCAAAGGGUCUGUGGGUGGGGGCAGGCCAGUCCCUCCCCAGCUCACAGGCCUACUCGCAUGGUGGGCUGAUGGCUGACCACUUGCCAGGAAGGAUGCGGCCCAACACUAGCUGCCCGGUGCCAAUCAAGGUCUGCCCUCGCUCGCCCCCCUUGGAGACCAGGACCAGGACUUCCAGCUCAUGCUCUUCCUAUUCCUACGCAGAGGACGGGAGCGGGGGCUCUCCCUGCAGCCUCCCUCUCUGUGAGUUCUCCUCCUCGCCCUGUUCCCAGGGAGCCAGAUUCCUUGCCACAGAACAUCAGGAACCAGGCCUGAUGGGAGAUGGAAUGUACAACCAAGUCCGACCCCAAAUUAAAUGUGAGCAGUCUUACGGAACCAACUCCAGCGACGAAUCCGGAUCAUUCUCGGAAGCAGACAGUGAGUCGUGUCCUGUGCAGGACAGGGGCCAGGAGGUCAAACUUCCCUUUCCAGUAGAUCAAAUCACAGAUCUUCCGCGGAACGACUUCCAGAUGAUGAUUAAGAUGCACAAGCUAACCUCAGAACAGUUAGAGUUCAUUCACGACGUCCGCCGGCGCAGCAAGAACCGCAUCGCGGCCCAGCGCUGCCGCAAGAGGAAACUGGACUGUAUUCAGAACUUAGAAUGUGAAAUCCGCAAAUUGGUGUGUGAGAAAGAGAAGCUGUUGUCAGAGAGGAACCAGCUGAAAGCGUGCAUGGGGGAGCUGCUGGACAACUUCUCCUGCCUCUCCCAGGAAGUCUGCAGAGACAUGCAGAGCCCCGAGCAGAUCCAGGCUCUGCAUCGGUAUUGCCCCGUGCUCAGACCCGCGGGUCUCCCUGCGCCCUUAGGCAUUGAGCAGAACCUUGCCGCCCCCCAGUGUGCGGUGGGGGAAACCGUGCCCUGCUGCUUGGAGCAGGGUGCAGCUCCCCCCGGGCCUCCCUGGGCCCCCAGCAACGCCUCAGAGAAUUGUACGUCUGCCCGGAGGCUGGAAGGCACUGACCCGGGAAACUUCUCAGAAAGAGGACCCCCUCUUGAACCCAGGAGCCAAACGGUGACAGUGGACUUCUGCCAGGAAAUGACUGAUAAGUGUACAACUGACGAACAGCCCAGGAAAGAUUACACCUAGUGACGGCCUGCCUCCCAGUUCUCACUCCUCUCCCACCCAGGUGUUCUUCAGUCAGCCUGUGGCGCGGUUCCUCUGUUGUCUGGAAGAACCGAGAAGAAAUUUGGUGCACACUACAGCGGUCUUAGCAGCAAUACUGUUUCUAAGUAUUCCCUCCUCUCUUCACGCAGGAGCGAUCGUUACCUUCACAAUGGUGCUACCCCUUGCCCAGCCCGGCAAGGAAAGACAACAGUGAGGACACUGUCUGUCUGUGGGUUAAUUUCAAUCUUAACAGGGAUAGACUAGGACACCUCUAGGACCCAACCACGGAUUUUUUUCUCAGUGGCCCGUGUCACAAACCCUAUCUCAGGAAUUUCUUCUGAAUGUUCAAUUUUUUUCAUUGAAGACAGCUUCUAUACACAUCAAAGUUUUAUAGCUAGACUGUACAUAUUAUAUAUAAUAUAUAUAUAAAAUAUAUAUCUCUCUCCAUAUGCAAAAGUCCUGCAUGCCUCAAUUUUCUCAUCCUACAACUGGAAACUUCAUUUCUCAUUUACCAACAGGUUCCAACAUUCCUCUUCUUUUGUCUCUGAUGCUAGAACUAGUUUGGUAAACUUGUUAACAUGUCCUUUUUCUUGCUUCGCAGUACAACUUCAAUUCGUACUUAUUUAUGGACAGAAUUCAAUGUUGGAAGCUUUUUUUUGAGGUUUUAUGUUAGACAGCCUUUUUUUUGUUUGGUUUGGUUUGGGCACCGUCCAGUGGUGUCGUUUAAGUGCGUAUUGUGGGUUUGUCUGUGUGUUCCUUGCAGAUACUGUACAGUCCUGGUCAACUUUGCCACUUGCACUGAGUUUUGGGUCAAACCUAUUUUCUUAAAUGAAGUUGUAACUUCAGUAUAACUCAAGUAUACUGUAUAUUCUUUGCUUUUCGUUAAAAAGUAAAACAUUUUAACUAAUUAAAAACCACUCAGGUGAUAAUUAUGUAGGAAAAACAAUCUUGCCAAAUAACGAAUUCAUCCUAGGAUGUGUCGACAAUAAUCUGCUUGAAUAUUUUUCUAUUUAACCUCCUCCCCACCUCUCCCUCAGCAAAGUUGAAAUGCAGAGAGUUCAGAGUUGAUGCUGGAUGUUCAGAUUCCUAAGUGAGGGGAGAGUUUGGGCAUCUCACUCGAAAGUUCAUCAGAACAGUAGGAAUCCUUGAUUUUAUACCAGAACUCAGCAGGCAUUGUCUCCUGGAAAUCAAGUUAGAACUGUUUUCUCACUGUGGGGUUAAGUCCCAUUCAUUUCAACACUUCGUUAGGCCUGGCUUGCUCCUGUAAGGGUCGUGCGCAGGAGGACCUUCUCUUCUGAAGGACGUGGCUGACCACCCACCCAACUACCCUGUCCAGGACUGGCCCCCCAGCAGAUGUCACCUAAGGGGAUUUGAAUCUCAUCCCCCACAUCCCGGGUACUGCCUCUGAGUGGCUGUCCUGGGUUAAUGCAGCUCACCCAGAGUUGAAGAGAGCAGGGUAGAUGUGAGCCUGAGGUCUGUCCCUGAUGCAGACAGAAGCAUUUCUUUCUCCCUUCCUUCUCCACAUGCUUUGAGUUGAAUUCUGAGGUUUUCCACCUUUGUCUUGUCCGAAGGCAGAUUUCAUUCUCAGGCUUUGGACAUGAUACGGCCAGGAGCCCUCCCUGCCCCGCCCCCACCACACACACACCUACCCUCACCUGAUGAUGAGUUUCUUCUCUUGCUGCAAAACUUGUUGGUUGGCUUGCAUCCCACAAAGAGCAGCUUCCCUUGGCUCUGGGGGCACUUUGGCCCCUGGCCACGUUUACAGGAAGGUAUGCCGAGGUCCUGCAAGCCAGCCUCAGAGAAGGAGGAAUGAGCUCCCUCCCUCCAGCCGGCCUUCCAGCCUGGCUGUGGGAAGAGUCCCUAAGGGUUUGAUGCGGGGUGGGGGGUGGGCGUGGGGACUAGAUGGUUGGCUUUCUUUCUUUAUUUGUGCCAUUGUUUGGACAAUACUAAAGCUGCAUGUAAAAGAGGGAAUUAGUAUACGAUGUAGGCAAAAAGUGAAAUCAUAGUAACAUAUGUUUUAGUAUUAACUUUUUUCUGUACAAAUAUUAGCGCUAAAUGUUUAAAUAUGUAUGAAUGCCAGAAAUUUGUUGGUUCAUGCGGUAGGGUUGGGGGAAAAAAAAAAGGCUUUUCUUUUAAACUCGUUCCACUUUUAAAAACCUGCCUCUGGGUUUUCGUUUCUCUUCUCACGUGUGUAUGUAUGUGUGUGUGCUUGUCUGAGACAGAUUUUGAUAAAGCUCUGUGGGAGCUACCGUUUUUAUGACAGUUGUUGGAAUGUCUUGGCCUAGUAGACCGGCUCUGUGCUUCACCAUGAGGUUUGCCUUUGUGGAAAACUGGUGACAGCUCGAAUUUAAACUCAAUGUGAAUCACGUGAUCCAUCACAGGUAUGUGUUAUGGUGGAGUCAGCCAACAGUAUUUUGUUUCUUAACUCUCUUGUUGCCUUUUUUAAGUGACCUCCUCUUCUUUUAAAAAAGCUAUGUUUCCUGCUCAAAUCAUAACCAGGUCCAAACCAGCUUGUUGGCGUGAUUUACCCUGGUCAUAACUCAUGUGCAACUGGUAGUCUUGACCACAUUCCGUCCAUCCCCCUUUCUGUGGUUGGGUCUGCACACACCUGUGUGGCAGCCGUUCCCGGAAGUGGGGGGUCGCUUUCUCUCCACCCUAACCCAGCCCACAUCCUCCUCCUGCUCACACCCGCCUCACUUUUAUUCCUUUCCCAGCCAAACCCCUGCCCUGGGAACUGUUGAAAAACACUGCUUGAAAAACUGACUUUCAAUUUCUUAAGAGAUUUUGAACAAGUUGUUGCGAUUUUGUUCAUUAUCCACCAUGAACACUGACUUUGUGCCAUGUGCUAUGUCUGUGUCUGUUACUGCUCUAAACCAUGUGUCUGUCAAAAUUAUUUCUGAGUUGAUUCAAAGGAAGGACUAGCUGGGGACCAGAAUCCAAAUGGCCUCAAGUGGAAUUUUAACAGCCAGUUGUCUACUUUCCCUGGGAUCCCUUCCUUUUAUGAAAAGGAAGUUAACAAAAAGGAAUAGUGUUUGCACAGCCUGGUGACAGUUAGUUGUGUUUCUGAGAGUCUUCCUUACACAGAGAAAGGCUCUUCCAGACAUGGGCUGUUCAGGAUGACCCCAGUGACAGCUGUGUUGGGGUGGGUGUGGGUUGGAGGUAGCCCUGGGGCGAGUUCACAUCUGCCUGCAUCUAGUCCUCCCCUUGGGUCUACCUUUGUUCUACUUGUGUCUCCAGACGACCUCACUUCAUUCAGGAUGGUCAGGCUUUGGGCAGGUGAGUGCUUUGCUGUAUGUGUUUGUUUCUCUGCGUUAUCUGGGGGUGCCUUGACUAAUUAAUUGAACUUCAUUACAUACUGAUUCUGGAACAAAACAGUUGGGGAAAAAAAAAAGGGAAAAAAUGCUGGUGAAGUUAUUAGGCCAUUCUACGACUUCUCUUCCUGGUUCCCUAACAAAGACUCAGGCUGCAGGAGAAAAUGUUGUUUUGUAUAUUGUACAAGUAAUUUAUUAACUGUCUUUCUAAAGGGAUGCUGCUUUUAAGAGGCACUAUGAUGUGGGAUUUAAUCCUUGUAGUGCUUUCCCAAGGAAUUAAAAAAAAAAGGCUAGUGAUUAAUAUGCCAACUGCCGCUUCUUAUAAAGGAGGGCAGGGAGCAGCCAGAGGGCUUCGUGCCAGGGCUGCUCUGAGGCGAGGGGCACGGUGUGAAGUUCAAGGCCGUUGUCAAGUGGGCUAAACCUACACUGACUCUUGUAAUACUUUAUGAUUGCCGUUAAAGAAGCAGAAACAAACAAAGACGGGAAAAACUGUAAGUCUUUUAAGAAACUGCCAGGUCCUGCCCUAUAAGCUGUGGAGGAGCAUGAGCCUCUCAAAAGGAAGGAAAAGCCUGCAAAGCUCUUUCAAGUCUCUUUUUGGCUAUCUAGUUCGAUACAUCAUACCCUUAAUAAAUGACUUCCAAAUGCUCCACGAUUGCUUACAGUUUUGGAGGAGUCACCGAUCUAGAAGGGAACAAGAAGCAAGCUUUGUCCCCAAAUCACAGUAAAUAGAC